ACCAGACAGAGAUGAAAAGCCUGGCUGGCCUGGAGAUUCAUUUUCGUAUUUCACCUUUCAUUUUAUCCCUUUUCACACUAAAGCCGCCGUAUGACGUCACGCGCGGGUGCUGUCAUUCAGGCUUCAGACAUGGCGGCCUCCAUGGGAGUGAGCAGGUUACAUAUGCGGGGAAACGGGCAACUGUUGAAAUGCUUUCGGAGGAUAUUGACGCCGUCCCAGAGAAGAGUCGGUACAAGCGCAGAGGCUUGUCAGCCCCUGACGGUCCAUCAAGAUGCUGGGAAGUCUUUCCUCACGCUACAGGAGGAGUCGCUUGAGCGUGCUGAAAGGUCCGUUCUGAUCAGCUGUCCCUCGAAGACUUCUGAAAAGAAGAUCCUGAAGUUCUUGUCCAAAUAUGGAACCAUCAACAACUGUUUCUUCUAUGACAGCUAUGGUUCAUACGCUGUGGUGGAGUUUGCCAGCAGGGAUGGCAUUUCCUCUCUCCAUGGGGCUGCCAGUCUGCCUAACAUCCAACAUGAAGCCUCUGUGCCUUUUAAGUCCCGCCUCCUCACACUAAAGAGCAAUGGAGUGGACCUAUCAGAUGGGCCGACCAGCCUAAAGCUGCAACCCCAGACAUCUCUGUCAGUCAAUGAGUUGAUUCAGAGGCUUGCAAAGGAGGAGAGUAUAGACCAGCAGCUGCACUCUCUGACAUCAACACUGGAGCUGACCAAUGAGAACAUUGCUCUUCGCUUCCUGGUCUGCUCCCUCCUCAAAGAUGUCGCUGGUGCAUUCUUCCCAGAAUGUACCAUCAGGCUAUUUGGUUCGUCAGUCAAUGGCUUUGGGAAGCUGGGCUGCGACCUCGACCUCUUCCUGGAUCUGGACACCGUCAGUGGGAGGAGCAUAAAGAGGCCCUCUGGUCUCGCUGUGGAGUACCAGACGAAGAGGGUGGCGUCGGAGCGGACAGUGACCCAGAGCGUGCUGUCUGUGGUGGGGGAGGGUCUGGAGCAGUUUGCCCCCGGUUGUGUGGGGGUGCAGAAGAUCCUAAAUGCCCGGUGCCCCCUGGUGCGCUUCUCACACCAGCCCUCAGGCUUCCAGUGUGACCUCACAGCCAACAACAGGGUGGCGAUGAAGAGCUCUGAGCUGCUGUGGCUGCUGAGCCGGCUGGAUGAGCGUGUGCGCUGCCUGGUGUUCAUGGUGCGCUGCUGGGCCCGCGCCCACGGCCUCACCAGCUCCAUCCCCGGGGCCUGGAUCACUAACUUCUCCCUCAGCACGCUGGUAGUGUUCUUCCUGCAGACCAGAUCGCCCCCCAUCUUGCCCACCCUCGAGCAGCUCAGAGAGCUUGCCAGUCCUGCUGAUAAGUGUGUUAUCGAAGGAAAUGACUGCACAAUGGUGAGCGACCUGAGCAAGAUCCAACUGAAGCCGAACACCGAACCGAUGGAGACGUUACUUCAGGAGUUCUUUGAGUUUUACUCAACAUUUGCCUUCAAUCGCAUGUCCAUCAAUAUCAGAAAGGGGAUGCAUCAGCACAAGCCCGAGGCUGCGCCGCUUCACAUCCAGAACCCGUUUGAGGCGGGCCACAACGUCAGCAAGAACGUGAACACGACCCAACUGGAACGCCUGGUGGCCCUGUGCCGGGAGAGCGCCUGGCUCCUGGCCCACGGCGGAGGCACCAUCCCGCCGGGCACCGUCGGCGCCGCGGGGGCAAAGGCGGUGCCUUGGGGGAUCGCAGCACUCUUGAUGCCCUCGGUUGCCGAGGCGGCGGGGGUGAAAGGUCGCAAGAAGAAGAAGCGGGAGCCGGCGAGCGAGAGGAUCAAGAACCUGCUGCAGUCGCUCAACAAGCCGGCGAGGAAGUGAAGAGAAACUGGACACAAACACACGCACACACACACACACACACACACACACACACACACACACACACACACAAA